AUGUCAGAUUCGGAUACCAGUUUGGCUUCUGAAGUUGAACAGGAGAAGCGGUCAAGAUCUACCAGUAACAGACCCAAUUAUGCAAUUGACACAGAAGAUUUAAAUAUCGAUGAAAAUGAUGAGAGUGAGGACGAUGAUUACAAGGAAGAGGACUUCAAUGAAGGAGGACAUGAGGAAGAAAUUAGUGAUGAUGAGGAACAUAUAAGUAAAAGUGGAAGAAGCAAGAGAAAGCGCAUAGAUGAAGAGGAGGAUCUAUCCGAUGAAAAAGACGGAACUAGAUCUAGGAGUCGUUCCACUUCCAAAAGACCCCUGUUUCCAGGGAUUGAUGACAUUGACGAAAGCUUAAACCCUUUACCGGUAGUCAAUGAGGAAUAUGUUGUACCCGAUGAUCCAGAAGGCGAAACUAAGAUAACUGCAGAUGGUGAUCUGUUGGGAGGUAGAGAAUUUUUAGUGCGUACUUUCACACUAACCGAAAAGGGCAACCGUAAGUUUAUGCUAGCCACAGAACCAGCUAGAAUAGUGGGAUUUAGAGAUUCAUAUUUAUUUUUCCAAACCCAUCCUAAUCUUUACAAGUUCAUUUUAAAUCAAACUCAGAAAAACGACCUAAUAGAUCGUGGCGUCUUACCAUAUUCAUAUAGAAAUAGACAAAUUGCUCUAGUCACGGCUAGGGGUGUGUUUAAAGAGUUUGGUGCCAAAAUUAUUCGCGGAGGUAAAAAUAUAACCGAUGAUUACUAUGCUUCCGAAUUAAGGACUAAGGGGAAUGUAAUUGAAGGGACGCUUGUUGGCGAUCCCGUUGAAAAAUCUGCUAGAGACCUAGAGACUAUAUUGUAUCCGGUUUUAGAAAAUGGUAUAAAUCCAGCAAAAAACCAAGUGGAAUUUUUUGAACACAGACCUCAUGGACAUAUGAGUAAUUCUAAUAUUAUUGCGUCAGGUAGUAAGUUGAGUUCGACAAAUUGGUUAUAUCAGCAUUCUGCAGCCUGUAGUAGGUUUAACAGUGAUCUGUUUUAUGAUAGAGUGAAGGUUCUCCUUGUAGAUCAACAAGGUCUAAGAGACGCAUAUACAAAUACGUUACAUAUACCAGAAUCCACACAAUCGACUACUGUUCUAGGGUGGAAGAGAUCGAAAAACGUUAACGCUGGCGACACCAGCAUUACAUAUGAAACCAUCAUACACGAUAGUGAUUUGAAUAGGCCCAAGACCGGACUAUCGGGGAUUCCAAAGGAGAUCUAUGAAGAUGUUGUUGACGAAGACGUACUGAAGGCUAUCGGUGAACAACAGGAUUUCGAAAAGUCCAAUAAAUAA